AUGGACGAGACUGGCAUUACGACCGUCCAAAAGCCGAAUCGCAUUAUUGCCAGGAAUGGACAAAGGCAAGUAGGAGCAUUGACGUCAGCGGAGCGCGGUACUCUUGUUACUGUGGCUAUGGCUGCAAAUGCCGUUGGUAAUACUCUGCCUCCGAUGUUCGUGUUUCGACGCCAGAGAUACCAAGAUCAUUUCAUCAGAGAUGGUCCAAUGGGUUGCGUAGGUGCUGGUAAUGCGUCAGGUUGGAUGGAAGCGACUCAAUUCCUGAAGUUUUUGAAACAUUUCCAAUCAUUUACCAGAGUGUCUUUUGAUAACAAAGUGCUGUUACUCCUUGAUAACCAUCCAUCGCAUAUAACAAUAGAAGCUUUAGACUUUUGUAAAGAAAAUGGCAUCAUCGUUUUAUCGUUUCCACCGCACUGCUCGCAUAAGUUGCAGCCACUGGAUCGCUCUGUACAUGGUCCUCUGAAAAAGCAUGUAAAUACCGCUUAUCGACCUAUGCCGGCUGUUAAUAGCAUCCAAGAGCCUUCUCCCGAAUCUGGAGUACAGAGUAAUACCGUCGAGUCAAACCUUGAGCCUGUAAUUCAACAAACUUCAUCUCCACAUGAAGAACAAGAAACGCCAAAAGAGAUCCGUGCCAUACCAAGUCCAUCUUCAGAAACAGUUUCUUUAGUGCCAGAAAUCAUACCUGGAGACAAUUUGGUAUUAUUUGACCCUUUGGAUAUAGGACAGGAAUCUCAACUAAAUACAUCAGAUAAUGAACCUAUGGAAAUACGUGCAAGCACACCACUACGUGAAAUUACAAAUAUUUCUCCCCACUCAACAUCCGUACUCGACCCCAAACCAUCUACAUCAAAUGGAACCAAACCCUCCAUUUUUUCUCCUGAAUCAGAUCGACCUCUGCCCAAGGCACCUCCGCGCAAAACCACCAAUCGCGGAAGAAAAAAACGACAAACGGCUAUAUACACUGACACCCCAGAAAAAGAUGCUAUACAAAAAGAAGCUGAGGAAGCCGAAAAAAGAAAGAAAGCUAAACAAAUUUAA